GUAUUGCGCAGGAACAUAUGCGCGUUUGAAGCUACCGAAAAUGGAGUAUGUAUUGACAUGAACGAUGUUGGUAACAUAACAAUUAGUGCUUUGGAGAAUUUACAAUGAAGAUCGAGGAAAUCUGUUUGAUGUAUCGCAAAUGAGUAUCAAGAUGUCCAAUUUAAAUAGGUUCCCAAGGAGAUCGCGUGGGGAUUUUGAAAUUGCAGGUUUAUACGACCUCGAAGAGACGAUUGGCAAGGGACACUUUGCAGUUGUGAAGUUAGCCCGGCAUGUGUUUACAAACGAGAAGGUUGCUGUAAAAGUUAUAGACAAAACGAAGCUAGAUGAUAUUUCAAAAUCACAUUUAUUUCAGGAAGUGCGAUGUAUGAAACUAGUCCAACAUCCAAAUGUUGUGAGAUUAUAUGAGGUGAUAGACACCCAAACAAAGCUGUAUCUCAUUCUUGAGUUAGGAGAUGGGGGUGAUAUGUAUGAUUACAUUAUGAAGCAUGACAAAGGUUUACCUGAAGACGUGGCUAGACGAUAUUUUAGACAAAUUGUAGAAGCAAUUUCAUAUUGUCAUAAACUUCAUGUGGUUCAUCGAGAUUUGAAACCUGAAAAUGUAGUGUUCUUUGAAAAACUAGGGAUUGUGAAAUUAACUGACUUUGGUUUUAGCAACAUGUUUAAUCCAGGAAAAAAAUUAGAGACAUCUUGUGGUUCACUAGCUUAUUCUGCGCCUGAGAUUCUUCUUGGUGACUCUUACGAUGCACCUGCUGUAGAUGUGUGGAGUUUGGGAGUAAUCCUCUUCAUGUUAGUCUGCGGGGAACCCCCAUUUCAGGAGGCAAAUGACAGCGAGACAUUGACGAUGAUCAUGGACUGUAAAUACUUGGUUCCUGAGCACAUAUCCAGUGUAUGCAAAGAUCUGAUUACCAAUAUGCUACAGAGAGAGCCUGUCCAUCGUGCCAAACUGGAGGACAUUCUUAGGCAUCAGUGGUUGUGUACUGGGGAUUACAUGGCCCCCACAGUCCCCCUUAUCUCAAGGGAGCAUCUGUCAGAGGAGGACCACAAUUACCUCAUAGAAAAAAUGGUGGAAGGCAACAUAGCCACCAAGGAUGAAAUUCUGAUAUCUUUGGACAAAGACUUAUAUGAUCACAUCACAGCCACCUACUACCUGUUGGCUGAGCGUAAACUAAAGCGGUACCACCAGGAGAUGGCCCUGGCUCAGAUCCGCAAGCAUUCAGCGCCACCUGACCACAGUCCCGCACAUAGCAUGAAGCCCACCCUGGAGCUUUCCCUUUCUCCUCGUGUCACAGCCCCAUUUAGCAAUACUGAGGUGAAGAAGACCAGAACCGCCCCCUUGUUUAAUCAAACUGCACUUGAUAUUCCGGUUAGCCCUCCUCCAAUUGAAUCCAGGCAUGACUUUAUGAAAAGUUUGACCACCAGUAUGACUCUAGAUCGUAGGGCCUUGAGAUCAAAUAUUAAGACAGACAGAUCUGGAAGUCUAACUGGCACAGAAUCAAAUGCAGGUCUCCAGCUUGAUGCCCAGAGAUCCGGUAGUAUGAGUCCACAAACUGGAAUUCGCCGGUUCUUGCCAUCCUUAGGAACUAUCCCAGACACAGUACUGACAGGUUCUCGGAGUUCAACUGACCUAGAUAAAAUUAGCCAGAGUAAUGGCAAGAAAAAGGGAUUUGCCCCCAUUUCAAAAAUUCAAGUCCUCAAGUCCUUCUUUGAGAGAAAGGUUGCUCAACUGUCUGGCAAACCAACCACUCCAGAUAGGUUUACAGGAUUAUUCAGACCCCUCAAAUCUUCCAAGGAGAAACUUGCCAAACCAAGAGUGGUACCAACCAUAAAUAUCUUCGAUACUGACGCACCCGACCCAAAUGUCAGACAAGGCAAAACAAAGCAAAGAAAGACAAAAAAUUCUAAGACGAAAGCUGAUUGUGUUCAGUCUAAAGAUACAAAGGAGGAGCAGCUUCGCCGUCCAAAAACAAGCAUUGUCCAGUCUCUGGUCUCCCCACCAGGGACACAUCCUACACCCUCCACGACCCCCGACUCUCACUCCAGAGGUAUGCGGAAGUGCAGUCUUAUCCAGGAGGAGUCGUUUGAUGAUGACGAUGAGGAGGAGUUCAUGGAUGUGGACCAUGGUGAGCUAAGACCAGCAAAGUCUGUAGAGAGUUUGGACGAUGGAAUGACGUGGAAAGGCUCGGGGCAAAGCCUGCCAUCGUUUGAUCCACUGCAUAUGAAGAGGCCUUUGAUGUCUGUGGCAAGUUCGCCGCAACUACUGAAUCAGAUUUGUGAGGAAAAUGAAACAGAUGUGGAAGAGGAGGAUGAUUUUGUGCCAAAUAAAUUGCACUCUCCAAAGUUGAGACUCAGUAGAGCAAGCUGUGCUUCUCCAGAAGUAUUGAGAAAGUAUGAACAAAGAAAAAAGAGAUCAGGAUCAAAGGUCACAAGCUGUAGUAGCUCCGAUGCGAGUGAUACCGAUGACACAGAGAAACGCUCACGGAAGGACAAACUGAAGCCAAAAUUCAUGCACAGGAGAGACAGUAGUGAUCAUUCUAGCGAUACAGAUGGGGGUCCAUCGGGGCCUCCCACAGGGGGCUUGGGUGGGGGCAGGGCAAAUGCAGGGGGAGGGGGCAAAGAGAGGGGAAAUAAGGAUAGAAAGGGUGGUGGUGGUGGGGGCAGUAAGGGUCACAAGGAGGGAAAGUCAGGGGGUGGGGGUGGAAAACAACAUACUCAUUCAUGUAGGUCAAGAAGUGGUGAAGCUAGCAUAUCUUCUGCCAUAUCUAAUCUAAGCAUGUCGAGCAUUAACAGUAAAAAUAGUCUCAAGUAUAUUGUAGAAGGUGAUGAGAGUAAUGACAGUGAUGUUGAAGACAAUGACAUGAAGACUGAUGAUAAGGAAGAAGUGAGAGAUAGAGGUUACAGUGAUAAGGUGUGUGACAAAGAAAACAAGAUCUAUGAAGAGGUUAUCUCGCUAUGCUCUUCGGAUUAUGGUGGAAAUCAUGAAAGGAAAGUCUAUGGAAAUAGACUAAAAAUAAAGGUGGACAUUAACAGGAACAGCUUCUGUAAAGUUCAAGACUCAAAUCUUCAUCCAAUCAAAAUACAGACCAAAUGUUGCUCUCUUGUAUGAUGAGGAAUUGGUUUAGUCUAUUGAUAUCUUUUUUUUUUUUUUUUUUUUUUUUUAUACAUUUUAUUUGGCACAAAAAUGUGUCAAAACUUUCUAAGUCUCGUAUAUGUACAAGUUGAUAUGACUAAAUCUGAUUGUAUUCUGAAGAUUUAACCAUCUCAUUUGUAAAAACUAUGAUUAAAAUAUCUGAUGUAUGUGAGAUGCGGGUAUCUUUUUAAAUUUUUUUAUCAUUAUUAUCUGCCCAUUAUUUUCAUUAUUUUUAUUUCUAAACCUAACAUAAUUGUAAUGUAGGGGACACGAUCCCAUGCAGACAUGCACAUUGAAUUAAAAAGAAAAAAUAUUUCCCAAACAAGGGUUUUUGAAGUAUGGAUUUGCAAAUGCAAGUCUAACUCCCCUAGUUCUGAAAACACAUAUAACAUUAUGCCUUUUAAAGCAGUAUACGUGUAUUAAAAUGUUGUAUUUUCUCCAGUUUUCUUUCAUAUUAAUCUUUCCAAAUUCUAUAGAUCCUGGAAUGUUACCUUAAUCAUGAGAGAGGAAGAAAAAAACAACUUAGUGAUAAUUCUGAUGUCCAAUUCACUUGUGUAGUUUUGAGAAGUUGUAUCUUACUCUUCAACAAAGAUUUUUGUUGUUUGACAGAUUUUAUGAAGUUUACCUUUUUUUUUUCAAUUGGCCUAUAUAUCUUGUGUUGGUUUGUUUUGUGGAUUAUAUCUUUGUAUCAUUCAAAUGGCAAUACAUGUCAAUGGUUGUUUAAAGGGAAUGAUCUUAGAUGCUAUCAUUGUGCACAUUUUCAAUGACAAAGGAUAAAAAAAAAAAUAUCUACAUGCAUGUUUGGUGUUUAUGUGUAGAGUCAUAUAGCGUGUAUUUAACUUUAGUUUUUUAAAAGUUAAAUCAAUGAGGAAGUAUGAAAACAUUUAUCAGAAGAAGGAAAUUCAAAAGUCAUUCAAAGCUUGAAAAACAGAAAAGAUACUCAUUGUAUAUUAAGGUAGAAAUUGUUUUCCAUGUGUAGGUGAAGUGAACUUAUUGCUUUACAAGAUAAUAAUGUUGAUUGUUAAUUUACUGUAUAUAUUGUAGAAAAUAUAGCUGUUUCAGAGAGGUAUGAGUGUUAUCAAGGAGCUGGUCUUCUUGAUGUACAAUAGGACAAGUUUAUCUUGAGUAGAGACAUGUAGGAAAGUAGUCAUAUACACAAACAGAUAAUUCGUUCAUUGAAUUUUAAUGCAAGUUUUACCUGUCCCUGUCCGACUGUUGUGGAGAGAUGUGUGCAGAAAUAUUCAUUCCUUUUUCUUUUCUUUCCUUUAUAUAAAUAUAUUUUGAUUUGAAAUAUAUGCUUUAAAUUUUUAAAAGCUGUGAAGUUUUUUUCCCUUCUUUUAGCUUCCAUGACUAUUGAUCAACUUCCCAGCUCAUUUACCAAUUUCUGUGAUGUCCAGUGAUUGGUAAUUUUUUUUAUGAGAGUAGAGUUAUCUUUCUUUUCACAGAUAGACCGACUUUAUUUGAGGGGGUUGGGUUAUUUAUAGUGACAAUCAUUGUAAAUAUACACCCAUGUGAUAUACAUUCAGUUGUCCAUAUCUCAUUUUAGGUACAUUGGAACAAAUAUGUAAUGACAAUAAACAUAUUUUAACUGAAAUGCAAAAUGGUUAAAUGAAUCAGAACUUCACUAUGAGAAGGGUUGUGUUAAGAUGCAAGCAUAAACAGAUAAAGCACAUAGAACAAUCAUACGGCUUUAUUGUCUUUUGCUUAUUUUUUGUUUUAAUUUGUUCUCUUUAUGUUUUUAUUCUUAUUAUAACACUUUUGUUAGGAAAACAGAUAAAAAUGUCAUCAUUGAUACAGUAUCAUACUUAAAAAGCUGUUUGGUGGAAUUGUUGUCAAAAUUCCUGAAAUCCUAUGUAAUUGUAAAAUGAUUUGAGUCAUUUCACUAAGAUGGAAUACAGAAAUCUAAAUGGUUUAGUAUUGCUUGUUUAUACCUAAAGAUUUAGAAAUAUUUCUCAUAUCAAUAUUUGCAAAAUUUGUAUCGGCCUUGUUGUGAAUAAUAGAUAGUUUACUGUAUAUCAUUGUCAACAUAGUUAAUUUGUUUGUUAUUUAUUGCAGCUGUUAAAUGUGUGAAAGCGCUCUUGAGUGUUGAAAAAGUGCUUUGUUGAAUUUGUGAGAUGUGGAAAUAGAAACAUGUAAAACUUACAAA